AUGUUACGAAGAGCUGCGAGUAAUGCAUACUCAUGGUGGUGGGCAAGCCAUGUCCGAACCAAACAAUCCAAAUGGCUCGAAGAAAACCUUCAAGAUAUCGAAGAGAAGGUCGAAAACGCGCUUAAGCUUUUGGAAGAUGAAGGUGAUUCAUUUGCAAAGCGCGCAGAAAUGUAUUACAAAAGAAGACCCGAAUUGAUAAGUUUCGUCGAAGAAUCUUUCAAAGCUUAUCGCGCUUUAGCAGAACGGUAUGAUCAUAUCUCUAAAGAGCUUCAAAACGCUAACACAACAAUUGCAUCUGUUUUUCCUGACCAAGUCCCUGAGUUUGCAAUGAACGAAGACGAUGAUACCGGUCCUAUCUCUCCAAGAAACCAUAAAAAUCACAAUAAAAACAUUCCAAAAGUUCCUGAUUUGCCUAUUGAAGCUGCAAAGAUGUUCAAGUCGAGGAAAUCUUUUAAAGAACAUCAUGCCUCUUCCUCUCUUGCUGUUAACAAGUCCGGAUUGAGUAAAACCGAGGCGGUAGAAGAGAUUGAUAAGUUGCAGAAAGAGAUUCUUGUUUUACAAACUGAGAAAGAGUUUGUGAAAAGUUCUUAUGAGAAUGGACUUGCAAAGUAUUGGGAGAUUGAGAAUAUCAUUAUGGAGAAACAAGGAAGGGUUUGUAGUUUACAAGAUGAGUUUCAAGAAAGUGUUGUUGUUAUAGAAGAUAAAGAAGCUCAGAUUUUGAUGUCAACGACAGCUCUCAAAUCAUGUCAAGAGAAACUAGAAGAGCUAAGAGAUAAACAAGAAAAGAAUGUAAGAGAAGUUGAGAUUACAAGAAAACAGAUCAAAGAAUCAACAGAGGAAUUUGGUACUCUUUCUGAUGCAUGUCUUAGUGAUGAAAUAGACAAUAGAAAUGUAAAAAUGGAACCAUUAGAGGAGAAGCUAAAAACCAGGCAGUUUCGACAAGUGACUCCGUUUGGUCUGGAACCUCUCAGGCUCUCACAUUCAGGAUCUACAAACUUCUCUCCAUUAUCAUUUUCUUAA